GCUCAUCAACAUUAAUAUACUAGUAUUCCGCUUACAGAUCUGCAUAAUCUUCUCACAUGCCUUCAGUUGUUAUUUCAAUACGGAACGAUGAGGUUGUUGAUCAUAAUUCUUAUUACAGCAAUUGCAUUUCUCUUCCCUUGCAAAUUCUCAAAUGCUUCGGUAAGUGAUCUACAUGGUGUUGAAACACCUGCCGAUACACAAGAAUCCGCCGUCCGCGAUCUAAUUAUACGCACAAUUGGCGAAGAUGCCUCAAAACAUUUCGUCGUAUAUGUUGAUAAGACAAUGCCACUUAGAAGUUUUCAAAUUAAGAAGACAGAAGCAUCCACGUUAAGUAUAGUUGGUUCGGAUGGCGUUUCAGUGGCAAAAGGUUUUCACCAUUACCUCAAGUACUACUUGCAAAAGCAUAUUGACUGGACCCACACGAAAGUGGAGUUGCAAUUGCCGAUACAGUUACCAAAUGUUACGAUUUUCUCCAAAUCAGCUAGUCGCUUCAUUUAUUAUCAAAAUGUUUGUACAUGGAGCUAUAGUUUUGCAUGGUGGUCUUUUCCGAUCUGGCGCCGACACAUCGAUUGGAUGGCAAUGAUGGGUAUAACUCUAACUUUAGCACCUAUUCAAGAGUACAUUUGGCACGAUAUCUAUGUCGAAAUGGGCCUUACGAAGGAUGAAAUAGAUGAGCAUUUUGCAGGCGCGGCUUUUCAAGCCUGGCAACGAAUGGGAAACAUUCGUGGCUGGGGCGGACCGAUUCCACACUCAUAUAGGCGUAUGCAAAAAGUACUGCAACAACGAAUUUUAAAAGCGGAACGAGACCUUGGUAUGCGUGUAGCAUUGCCGGCCUUUGCCGGGCAUGUACCGGUCGCCAUGGCACGCAUUUUUCCAAACAUUACUUUUACACCUGUCGAACGUUGGAACCAUUUUCCAGAUAAAUACUGCUGUGGUCUUUUCCUCGAUCCCAGCGAACCAUUAUUCCGUCAAAUUGCAGUAAAAUUCCUAAACAAAACCAUUGAAACUUACGGCAGUGAUAAUAUAUACUUUUGUGAUCCCUUCAAUGAAAUACAGCCACGGCUCGCUACGGCCGAUUAUAUGAAUGCCACGGCAUUUCACAUCCACGAGUCCAUGCGUUUAGUUGACGACUCGGCGGUUUGGCUAUUACAAGGAUGGAUGUUUGUGAAAAAUAUGUUUUGGACAGAUGACUUGAUCAAAGCUUUUCUUUUGGCGGUACCGCUUGGCGAAAUGCUAGUGUUAGACCUGCAAAGUGAACAGUUCCCACAGUAUGAGCGUACACAUUCGUUCCAUGGUCAACCAUUCAUUUGGUGUAUGUUGCAUAACUUCGGUGGCACACUGGGAAUGCACGGAUCUGUUGAUAUUAUUAAUACCAAUAUUCGAUUAGCAAGAAAUAUGAUAAACUCGUCGAUGGUGGGUGUCGGUAUUACAGCGGAAGGUAUCAAUCAAAAUUAUGUCAUGUACGAGCUGGCUUUGGAACGCGGUUGGUUGCUGGAUGACUUUGAUUUGAAUGAUUGGUUCGAAACGUAUGCUGACGUACGUUAUAGCAUUCGAGACGUUCGACUGCAUAGCGCUUGGCAAUUACUUCGUCAAUCUGUAUAUUCCUACAAAGGACUAUUAAAACUUCGUGGAAAAUAUUGUAUUGCAAGAAGACCAUCGAUAAAUCUCAGUCCUUGGGUUUGGUAUAAUACUACAAAUGUAUCGAACGCUUGGGUCCAAAUGAUUGCGGUGCUUGGAAACACUACCAUUCCUCAAUACAAUCGACCAUUUGCUACCCAUGACCUCGUCGAUUUAACUCGCCAAUUCUUACAAAUAACUUUCGAUCAACUCUAUGUGAAUUUAAUGACUGCCUACAGAAGUAAGAAUAUGGAGAAGUACGUUUAUAUAGUGGAUAAAAUGCUGGAAGCCCUAAAUGACCUCGAAACAAUAUUAGCCACCAACAUGGAGUUCUCACUAAGUCGCUGGUUAGAAGCAGCGAAGAUUUUAGGACGUACCCCGGUGGAGAAACAGCUCUAUGAAAUGAAUGCACGCAAUCAGAUAACUGCAUGGGGGCCUAACGGACAAAUUGUGGAUUAUGCAACGAAGCAGUGGUCUGGCAUUGUUAUUGAUUACUAUCGUCCACGCUGGGUACUAUUUCUAAAAAUGUUACAAAAAAGUCUGGAGCAUAAUGAGAAAUUUAAUGAGGAAGCAUUUAAACGUACCGUUAGUGAGGAGAUCGAAAAUCCAUUCAGUAUCAGUACUAAAGUAUACCCUACGGAACCGGUUGGCGAUACUUUAACUGUUGCCAAACAAAUUUUCCACAAAUGGACGACAUACACUGACGACUCUCGUUUCAAAAAGUAUUGCAACAAACCCAUACGAAUUGUAUAUGUUAAUAUUUGACUUAAAUCGACAAAUUUAUACCAAGAAUCUGUACAUUGAAUGUUUGUUUUUGUAAUUCAUGUUGUAAAAUGUUCCUAUUUUUUAUAAUAAUAAUGACACUGAAGUGAAUUUUCUAUACAGUCGAAACUCUAUAUAACGAACUCCUA